ACGUAUUAUCAGUAUUGUCCGUUUGCCACUGUGCCGCCUUCGUCUCAGCUGUCUCACACACACCUUACCACCUUUGCUUCAGCCAGAACAGUGGAACAGAAGCGACGACCGGUCAAAAUGUCGGGGCCUGCGGAAGACAAGCGGCAGUCCGCGGAGAUGAUGUUCGACGCCGAGAAAGUGUCAGCCUACUACGAAUCUUUCAUGCACCACAGCCGUGAAGCCAUGAAGGUGUUUCUGGAGCGAUACAAGGAUUCUUUCUUUGCGGUUGAGAACGGUGCCCAGUGUGAGGAUCGCCAGUGGUUGGACGUCGGCUGUGGUCCAGGAAAUUUCACUAAGAACUAUUUGCUCCCGCACGCACCUUCGUCCUUGCGAAGACUGGUGGCGGCCGAUUUCUCACAGGCCAUGCUGGAUCACGCCGCAAAAAACCAUGCACAUCCGAAGAUUGCGUAUCGCCUUCUGGACAUCGCUAACGACAAAGCCGUGGUGGCGUUUGCCGCGCGCGAAGGUCUCUUCGAGCGCGUAUGCUGCUUCCUAACGCUGCAUUGGAUCCGCGACAAGGCGGCCGCCCUCAGGAACAUGGAGCAUCUCACGGCCCCCGGGGGAGAGUGCUUGGUGGUGUUCAACACGAGCGUGUCUCUGCAACAGGUGUUACGUGCCAUGAUUGCGUCCGGCAAGUGGAAAAGGCACGAACACGUUCUCGAAUCUGCUCUGCCGGAGUCGUGGGAGUUUUACGACGUUGACACCAUGGUGUCAAAGCUCGAAGGACUAGUCGCAUCAACAAGCCUGGUGGCCCUGUCGUGUGAAGUUGUGACUCUGCAGGUCGGGAGCCCCGAAAUCGACCUAGAAGUGCGUGCUCUGUGUGCCGCUGUACCGAUAUAUCCGCAUAUGAAAGAGGAAGGCAAGGCCGAAGUGGAAGAGUUUGUCAGAAACUUGGCUCUGCAAGACGGCUGCGUGAACUUCUCGGUUACGGGCAUAAAGCACCAACUUAGGUGCGUCAUUCACGCCCGCAAACCAGUAUUGUCGAGUUAAGAAGAGCCAAUUAGACCUGGCACAAGACUUCUGUGCGGCGUCUGCAACAUCCACGGUUGUCAAUAAGACCAAGAGCUCAAAUAAACUUUCAAGUCUAGAAGAUCAGGCCAAUUGGUGUAGCAUUGUCAUUGUUCUACACCACUCCAAUAGUUUGCCCGAAGGGGUAGUUACUCCGGAUUUAUGAUACGAGUUCAAUAGGAUGUUUGUCACCUACUGACUAUAUGAUGUUAUUGCAACAACAACAACAACAACAACAACAGCAAUUAGAAAUGCUCACUAACGCCAAAGUUAGGCGCCUCUAGUCUUUUCACUUCGCAAUAUUUAUUCACUGGCACAAACAAUAUGUCGCGUGCGCAAUACAAUAUGUAACACCACUAGCGUUUCAUUCUAGUCUGUAAGAUUGCGAAAAAGGUAUCAAUGCGAAAUUUCUCGCGAGCAUAUCGCAGAUGUGUCUUAAAAUUUGUAAUGCACUUAGUUUGUUCUAUCGUCAUUUGGGAAAUAAAUGGCACAGUUUCAACACAACAACAACUAGC